GACAUUCAAAAUAAGGAAGUGUAAAUCACGCUUUACCGAAGCGGCUGCUGUGUUAUUUCGCUCAUGUUUUACUGUAUAUUUUAUCAAGAUCAUGGGCAGUUUGCGAGUCCUGUCCAAUCUAAAUACAUGAUUUGAAGAAACUAUUUAAAAAUCGCCGACCAUAAGGAUGGCCACCCUGAGAGUGCUGACACACUGCAGGUGGAAGAUCCCCGUGAGGACCUCCUACGCACUCCCGACAUCAAGUCACACAAGCAAGGGAGCACAACUGAUAGUUCCUUUUUUCCAUGUAGCAUAUAGAAAAGACUAUGACUUCCAAAGUCACAUUGUGGGGACUCGAUCUCUGUGUGGAACAGAUGGGCGAGUUAAUGGGAGAGCUCUGCUGAGUAGGGCUACCUCUGCUGUUCCCGCUGCAAGUCUGCUUAGCAGGCCUCUGUCAGGGGCAUCUGUGGUCAACUCUGCUCCUGCAUCUGUGCAACCAUACCUUCGCCUCAUGCGACUAGACAAACCCAUUGGAACGUGGUUACUCUUCCUGCCCUGCACGUGGAGUAUAGCGUUAGCUGCUGCCCCUGGGUGUCUACCAGACCUCAGCAUGCUAGCACUGUUUGGAACGGGCUCAUUGCUGAUGAGAGGGGCCGGCUGCACCAUCAAUGACAUGUGGGAUAAAGACUUUGACAAAAAAGUUGUGAGAACGGCGACCCGGCCCAUAGCGUCGGGUGAGAUCUCCAGGUUCCAGGCUCUGGUGUUUCUGGGUGGCCAGCUCAGUCUGGCCCUCUGUGUCCUGCUCUGCCUCAACUACUACAGUAUAUUUCUUGGAGCUGCUUCACUGGCUUUAGUUGUCACAUACCCCACCAUGAAGAGAAUUACAUACUGGCCACAGCUGAUGCUCGGUCUCACUUUCAACUGGGGAGCAUUGCUGGGAUGGUCGGCAGUGAUGGGAUCGUGUGAUUGGUCAGUAUGUUUACCUCUCUAUUUCUCAGGCGUAAUGUGGACGCUCAUCUACGACACCAUUUAUGCUCAUCAGGAUAAAGAGGAUGAUGUGAGGAUAGGGGUGAAGUCCACAGCUCUGAGGUUUGGAGAGCAGACCAAGCCGUGGCUGUCUGGCUUCUCCGUGGCCAUGUUGGCUGGUCUGGCCCUCGCUGGCGUUAACGCUCAGCAGACUCUCCCAUAUUACACUGGCCUCUCAGCCGUGGCUGUCCAUCUAGCCAAUCAGAUCGCCACAUUGGACAUCAACAAGUCGGAAGACUGCUGGAAAAAAUUUGCCUCAAAUAGAAAUCUUGGACUUAUUCUGCUUUUUGGAAUUGUCAGUUCCAACCUAAUGAAGAAAAAAGAGGAUAACCCUAUUACUAAUUAAAUAUUUUAUAUCAAUUCUACAAACGAGCCAGUGUUGUU